AUGACAGGAGAAUACAUUUACCUUCCAGAGAUGGAUUUCGGUGGAAUAUCAAGAGAUAAUAUGUAUAGUGGAUUUGGAUAUUGCAUAUCCACUAAUGAAUACAAGGUUGUUCAAGUUUACUACGGGAACAACGUAGGAUCCUUGCCAUUGGGAAAGGUUCAGGUUUACACCCUUGGUGGUGGCAAUAUGUGGAGACACAAAGGAGAAAUUCCUUACAUUUUUAAGGAAGGGGCUGUUUAUGCAAACAACUCACUCUAUUGGAUAGAUCACAGUACAGAAUUGCAAUUCAAUAACAUCAUAGCCUUUGAUUUAGCAGAUGAGACGUUUAGUAUCCUCCCAUUGCCACCGUGUUUCGACAGUGUUCCCGGAUAUUAUCCCGAAAAAAGAGUUUAUCUCGUGUCGUUAAGAGGGAGUUUAGGUGUUUAUCAUGUGAAUAUUGGUGAAUUGUCUUCUGAACAUGCUUUGUCGACCAAUGAUUGCUUGGAUAUUUGGAUAUUAAAGAAAGAAAAGGAACUACAAGAAGAAUAA